AUUAUUUUCUUAGGGGUAGACAUGUCAAUGACCUCUAACCUCAGGGUGUAAAAUUGCAGUCUACUCGAAAAUAAAACAUGUUUCCCGAGUUUCAUUUUCGUUGUACCUGAAUACAAAUCGUUACUGUCGAUUGUUAAAAUGGCCUUACCCGACGACUCGAAGACGAAAUCGGAGGGAGGAACAACGAAGAUCGACAAGAAGCGAAAACAGCGAGUUAGUUAUGACGAGGACUCAAUAAGCCCUAACCCCACAUCUGAAGAUAAUAAUAUGGAAUCGUUCCACAAGAACAGAGCUCGGCGACGGCGAGUUAGUUUUGCUGACAACAAUUCUGGAACUUCGUUAAGCCCUAAUCCUCAACGCAACAAUGAAGCCAACAUUGCUUCUGCAAACUCCAACCAUGAAAAGGGUCUUCUCCAGACUCCAGUUUAUUCAGACACCUGACUGGUCAGAUGUGAAUUUUACCGCAACACAAAUUGGUCCGGAAGAAAGACCAAAUCUGGAAAAUACUGCUCAUUUUAAAGGAAAAGUUGCCCCCAGAUCAUCGUCUCGAUUCAAAGUUGGGGAGUCUGCCACAAAGCCCAUUACAGGUAUUAAUACUGAAGGCACACACGUUGAUGGGUCAAGCUAUCCGCGAGAUAAAAGACCUUCGCUUUCAGACUCCAAGGCCUCAAAGUCAAGUGAUUUACCGGACCUGAAUAAGAAACACCAGCCGCAACAGUCAAGUCCGAGUGUAUUAAACGACCCAAAGUGGUGCAGGGACUUCUCUGAGCGUUUAGCGGAUGUCGUGGACCCUGCUGACAAAAAAUGUCACGAGGCAAUGACCGCCGAUGAGUUAGAGGACAGUUUGUUCAUACAUUUGAAAAUUCAUUUUGUAUUACUCAGGAGAUAUACCGUAGGUUGAUUGUUUCUGAAAAUACUAUUGAGCAACAGGAAAAAUGUCUGAAAUCCUACAAGGAUAAACUAUCUUCUGCAGAUGCUCGUAACCGCGAGUUAGAGACAUCGGUCCUCUCCCUUAAGAAAAAGUUAGCCUCUUAUGAGAAAGAACAUACGGAACUCAACGUGAAGCUUGACGUUUCUUCAGCGGAACUUAAUAAGUGUACCCAAGAUGUAACCGAGUUGAAUACGAAAGUCGAUAGUCAGCCAACUACUUUGCAAGCCU